CGGUCCCGGUCUGUCCCCCCUCCUCCUCCUCCAGAGUCCAGCCCUGAUGAGCAGCAUGACGGCCCGGGAGGAAGAGAAGCCCAAAGUCAAGAUGCUAUCUCCGGGAUUUGGGAUCGAUAAGUCCCGGCUGCACGGCUCAGGGUUCCGGUCCAAAGGCUUUGCCAUCACCGACCUGCUGGGCCUGGAGUCGGACCUGCAGGUGCGGCAGCCGCCCGGCGGGGCCCCGGGUUCGGGCCUGUCGGCGGCGGGCUCCGGGCCCGGGGCGGAGCCGCAGGGCGUCGGCGGCGGCCUCGGCGGGUUCUCCUUCCCGGGAGGGUCGCUGCCGCUGGGCCUCGGCUUCCUGUGCAGCCUGGCGGCGCAGCAGCCCGCCGGGGCGCCCUGCUUCCUGCCGGGACACCUGCCGCUGCUGCAGGCCCGGGCCGACAGCCACUACCUGCAGAACCUGGAGGCCCAGCGGGACGCGUACUCCGAUGAAGAGUGUCUGUCCGACCGCAACGACUCCAAAAGCUCCGCGAGCUCUCAGAAGAGGAAGAAGAGGCGCCACAGGACGGUGUUCACGUCGCACCAGCUGGAGGAGCUGGAGAAAGCUUUCCACGAGGCCCACUACCCCGACGUGUACGCCCGCGAGAUGCUGGCCAUGAAGACGGAGCUGCCGGAGGACAGGAUCCAGGUGUGGUUCCAGAACCGGCGGGCGAAGUGGCGAAAGCGUGAGAAGUGCUGGGGUCGCAGCAGCGUCAUGGCGGAGUACGGCCUGUACGGGGCGAUGGUGCGUCACUCCAUCCCGCUGCCGGAGUCCAUCCUCAACUCCGCCAAGAACGGCAUGAUGGGAUCCUGCGCCCCCUGGCUGCUCGGUGAGCCGCAUGCACGAAUGCACAAGAAGUCCAUAGAAAUGUCCAAAAAGUGUUCCAGCCCUCCGCCGUCGGACUCGACCCGCUCCGACUCGUUCUGCGACGCCUCCCGAGCCUCGCCGUCCCUGCCCCGUCGCUCCGAGGCGGGGGAGGAGCGGGAGGAGCUGCUGGAGAUGGAGGAGGAGGAGGAGGAGAUGGAGGAGGAGGUGGCCAUCGACCUGUCCAGCUCCUCCAAACAGCAGCAGGAGGCCGGAGGCUCGAUAAGGUCCGCCUCCUCGCCACGACGGCAGAGCAGCAGCGAGUCGGACGAACACAGCUGAAGGUUGGAGGAGUCAAACAUGGUCGGACUGAAGAUGUGGUGACUGUUUGAUGAUGGCGGUGGGAGUGCGGGGAUUUGAUUGGCUCUUCUUUCAGGGAUCACAAGAACAGCCAAUGACUGAACAGCCAUUACGUUGUUUGUUACUAUGCAAGUUAUCACAUAAAGCUUUAAGGGGAAAUAUUUAAAUGCUACUGUGUGUGAGUAUGCUAAAAUAUUAGCCUUUGGGUAAUAUUUUCUUAUACUAACAAAGUUUACUGGUAAUAUAAAAGGUAAAAUUAGAGAACUACAAUAUUGGCAUGCUAAUAAAUGUUAGCAUGCUAAAAUAUCAGCAGGGGAAAUGAUUUACAAUGUUAACACUUGCACUAUACUAACAUUCAAUAGUAUGCUAAAAUAUAAGCCAGUGGACAAUAUUUAUGCUAACAAUUACUCAUUAUAAGCUAACAUGCCAAUAAAUGUAAACUAAUAAUGAACUAUAAAGCGUUAGCAAUAUUGCUUUCAGCAGGCUAACAAACAUUUGGACGUAAGGCUACUAAGCUUUUUGAAUCACUUAUUACAAUAUUCUAUCAUGCUAACAAAAAAUACUAAUACUUUACAUUCAAUUAAAUUAAUAAUUUAAGUGGUAAUAUUUGAGUGCUUAUGUGUUAGCAUGCUAUUAAACCUUGGUAUGCUUAUGAACUGCGAUAGCAGCACUCCGAAACACACUAAAAAUCUCUACUGUGGCCUCAGUCACCAUUUUAUUUUUAAUGUGUUAGUAUGCUAAGAUAAAGUGAUUAAGCCUUUUAAUUUAAGGCUAAAUAGCCUAUGGUUACUAUGUUACAAUAGUAACAAACAUUUACUGUUUAUUUAAAAUGUAAUAUUAGACUACUAGUAUGUAAGCAUGCUAGUUAAUGUUAGUAUGCUAAAAUAUUAGCCUAUGGUUACUAUUCUACAAUGAUAACAAACUGUUUUUAAAUGUAAUGUUAGACUAGUAGUAUGUUAGCAUGCUAGUAAAUGUAAGUAUGCUAAACUAGUAGCCUGUGGGUAAUAUUUUAUCAUGCUAACAAGCUUUUACUGGUAAUGUCAAAUAUAAUAUUAGAGUGCUGGUAUAUUGGUGGGCAAUAUGCUAACAAGUGUUAACUGGUAAUGAAAUAAAGAUUUAUUAGCGUAUUAGCAAGCUAACAACUAUCGGGACGUCAGAGGUUGAUGUUGAAACAAGUGAAGUUUAGGGACAAAAAUACUUCUGAUUGUUUGAGUCUCUUAUCCAGGGAUUUUUAACAAUGAAGCAACUUGUAGCGUUAAAUGUACCUCUGCUAGCGAACUCUCUGUGCUCCCAGGAUGGAAACAAGCUAACGCAACGUGGAACGCCGCCGCCGCCACAGUCAGAUCGACCUCGAGGAAUCAGACCGAGUCUUUUCUGAAAGACCUGUGAACUGUUUCAGGAGGAUGUAAAUGAUGAAGUCUGUCUGUGUGUUUAUUAUUGUAUUGUACUGAGAGUAUGUUUUAUAUCCUUGUUUUUUGGAAAAUAAGAGGCUAUUUAAUGUUUUAUUCCUGUUGGUUUCUGUGUUUUAUAGUUUGACUGUCUGUCAAGCGCUGACCGGCCUGACUGAAGCUCUGUGAAUGAAUGUAAUUUAAAUGUAAUAUUUUAAAAAAGUCUGUUUAUUACUGUCAUAUGUAUGCAGGCCUACAGCAGCAGGUUCAGCAGGUUGAAGGUGAAUAAAAAAGUAUUUUUGGAA